AUGAUUGUACAAAAUAAUCCCAUUAUUAAGUAUGAGAUUGCUUCACUGCACUUCGUUUCGUUCGCAAUGACGGCGCUAUGGGAUUAUUCGCUUAGGCUAACAGAGCCUGAAAAUACCCUACACCAGCCUCACUACAUUCCCCUCCUCCAGCCUUUUGCUGCUGCUCGCAGAGCUCCUGGAGGGUGCGGAAGAGCUGAUGCCUGGAGUUAUAAUCCAAAAAGGCGGUAGGCUCAUCGAGCACAAUCACCGGCGUUUGCUGCGCCAGCGAUUUGGCGAUCAUCACCUUCUGGCGCUGCCCGUCGCUGA